GACUCCUACCGUAGCAACUGUAAACAGUUUUAUUACGUUCUCAUUUAAUCCUAUUAGAAAACGAGAAUCUACAAUCAAAUACCUACUACGAGAAGUUGUAUUCUUUUGACACCCUACGUAAUAGUGGUAUUGAGAGGCCUUGACAGGUGUUAUAUAAUCACCGAUAGAUCUACGCAAAGUCGUUACAGCUAUAACAUUCAGCAUGGAUUUUUCGAUCUUAACAAUUUUGACAAAUACCCUGAUUUGUCUAGCAACCCUUGUUAUAUUUAGUUACUAUUACUUUAAACGCACGUAUACUUACUGGAAUAAAUAUGACAUACAUGUGGCUCCUUCAGUCAUUCCAUUUGGAAGCUUAGGGAGCAUAAUCAACAGAAAGGAAUCAUUUUCCGUUAUCUUAUCAAAACUAUACAGACAAGUUAAAGAAAAGGGUGAAAAGCAUGCGGGACUUUUCGUCUUAUUAAACCCCAUAUAUAUGCCACUGGAUCCUCUCAUUAUCAAGAACAUUUUCAUCAAAGAUUUUAAUUCGUUCACUGACCGAAGUUUGUAUCAUAAUGAAAUAGACGAUCCAAUAAGUGUUAAUUUAUUGACAAUGGACGGCGAUCAGUGGAGAAAAAUGAGAAUCAAACUGACUCCAACAUUUACGUCAGGAAAAAUGAAAAAAAUGUUUACUACAUUUUGGCUUUGCGGUAAUAGAUUAGUAAGGAAAAUUGACAGCAUGAUUGAAACGAAAGAAUCGUCUGGGAUCAAAGAAAUACUUGCUUGCUAUUCGACAGAUAUCGUAGGAAGUUGCGCUUUUGGUAUAGAAUGUAACAGUUUUGAAAAUCCCAACUCCGAUUUCCGAACCUAUGGAAGUAGAAUAUUUAAUUUUACACGAUCAGAAAUGUUUAAAAUGGCGCUUGCCAGAAAUUUUCCUAAAGUCGCACGCUUUCUAGGAACACGCGCCAUACCAAAAGAAGUUUCAGACUUUUUUCUAAAAAUCGUUGCUGAAAAUAUCAAAUAUCGGGAAAUAAAAGAUGUAAAUAGAAAUGAUUUCUUUCAAACAUUACUGGAGCUAGAAAAAGACGAAGAAAAUCAGAUAAAGAAAAGAAACAAAGUAACAGCACAAUCUUUUGUAUUCUUCAAUGCUGGUUUUGAAACAUCUUCCACCGCUAUGACUUUUGCAUUGUAUGAACUCGCCCUUAAUACUCAUAUACAAGACAAAUUGAGACAGGAAGUAACGUCGAUUCUUCAAAAGUACGAAGAUAAUUUAACAUACGAAGCCCUAAUGGAAAUGGAAUAUCUUAACAAGGUCAUUGAUGAGACGCUAAGAAAGUAUCCACCCGUGGCUGUACUGGCCCGAAACUGUACACGAGACUAUAAUAUAGAGAACAGCAAUGUGGUCAUCAAAAAAGGGACGAGAGUUUUCGUAUCAAUAUUAGGUAUUCAUUCUGAUCCGGAGUAUUAUCCAAAUCCGGAUAAAUUUGACCCAGAGAGAUUUAACGAGGAGAAUAAAAAUAAACGCCCACCAUGUACAUUUUUGCCUUUCGGCGAAGGUCCUCGAAACUGCAUAGGAUUGAGAUUUGGACUAAUGCAAGUCAAAAUUGGACUCGCUAUUAUAGUAAAAAAUUUCAAAUUCACACUAAAUCCGAAGACUGGAAUACCGCGAUUGGAUACACAUUCGUUCAUUUACCGAUUCGCCGAUGAAAUUUAUCUCGAUUUUGAACGUAUUGAGUAAUGAAAUUUUUAGGUAAAUACACGUACGUUUACUAAUGUAGGUAUCUUUUUAACAGAUGUAUUAAAAACAUUUGGUAUAACUACUUUGAAUCUAAUCGUGAAUUUGUAAAGUUUAGAUAAUACUGAUUUAAAUAAAGACUACAAGCAAUUUCUAUU